CUUUUUUACAUAUAAACAUUAUAUUUUAUUGCUCUCUCUCUCUAUAUAUAUAAAGAAAAGAAAAAGAAAGAAAUGUCAGAAGAAUCGGAUCCAUUUGAAUGUCGUUUGCAUUUUCUAUCAUUAUUGAACAAGUUGAAUGCAUCACAGCAAUCUAUACAUAAAGUUGCUAUAUUUGCAAUGCGUCAUCGCAAAUUAUCUGAAGAUUUAUACAAUUGCCUUUUAGAACAACUUGAAAAGGCGUCUUUAAACGCUAGGUUAAAUAUUAUUUAUGUAUUGGAUGCCAUAUUCUCGGCAAGUCAAAAAUCAAAAUAUUCUGGCUAUAUAAAUCUAACACGGCCUGAUCUAUCUCGCAUCAUACAUGCUGUAGUUGCUAAUGGACCCAAAGGAGUUCUCAAUAUACCCAGUACACAAAAGAUUUUAAAUAAUUGGAAACGAAAAGGUUAUUUUGAAAUUGCUGAGAUUGAGGAAGCAGAAAAACCCUUAUUAAAACGUAAUUCAAGUACAAGUUUAUCCCAAUCAAAUUCAACAGAGUCAUUUUCAAAGGAAGAUAUACUUCGAAGAAUGGAAGAAGAUAGAGAAAGGCAUAAACGAUUAAGAGAAGAAAUUUGGAUACGACCAGCUGAAGAAAGCAGAGAUGCUGAAUUUGAAGAAUUUUGGAAUACAAUAGAAGCAUUAGAUCCUGAAACUGAUUAUGAAAUUAUGAUGAAGCAAAACAUGUUACGACUUCCUAAUUAUGCUUGGCAAACACAGUUUAAUCAAAGAUCAACCUCAUUAUAAAAGACAUAAUAAUAAACUAAAUAAUUGAACACUAUUUACUGUUAAAGAGAAGGAGGGAGGGGAAAGUAUAAUAGCUCUAUUUAUUCCAAAUUAUAUAUAAAUAUAUGUUUUUUUUCUGUAUCACACACAAUCAU